ACUCACGCCAGCCAGACUGACACCUGAGGUUCUGAAUGCCGAUCUACGUUUUUUAAACGCACCGUUCGACUGUUUUUUUUUUUUGUGUGUGUGUAAUGGCAACACGUGAAAUUCUCUCUUUCAGUAUGGAGCCUGUUUCUUGUGACACCUUCGUCGCGCUGCCUCCAUCCACGGAUCGUCAACAAAUCAUCUUUGGGAAGAACUCGGACCGGCCCUGUGACGAGGUCCAAGAAGUGGUGUAUUACCCUGCCCGGGACCACCCUCCAGGCCAGACGGUGGAGUGCACGUACAUCCAGGUAGAGCAAGCUGCCCACACCUACGCAGUGGUUCUGAGCCGGCCCGCCUGGCUGUGGGGCGCGGAGAUGGGAGCAAACCAACACCAAGUGUGUAUUGGCAAUGAAGCGGUGUGGGGGAGAAUGAGUGCUGAUGAGGAGGAGGCUCUGCUGGGCAUGGAUCUGGUCAGGCUCGGAUUGGAGAGAGCUGACUCGGCAGAGAAAGCCGUCGACGUCAUCACCGGCCUGCUGGAGAAAUAUGGUCAAGGUGGCCAGUGCAUGGAGGAUCAGUGUGGCUUCACCUACCACAACAGCUUCCUCAUCUGCGACAGGAAGGAGGCGUGGAUUCUGGAAACCGCCGGGAAGUUCUGGGCGGCCGAACGAGUGGAAGACGGACACCGCAACAUCUCCAAUGAGUACAGCAUCACCACGCGGGUCGACAGAGAGCACCCCGGCCUGCGGGACUAUGCUCUCAGCCAAGGCUGGUGGGACGGAAAGUCUCCCUUCAACUUCGCUGCCGUGUACUCCUACAUGAACACGGCCAGAAUAGAGGCGGCAGGAAGCCGCCGCUGUGAGGGGAAGAAGCUGCUGGAGCGAAGCAACGGCCACAUCACUGCAGAGACCAUGAUGGACAUCUUGAGGGACAAGGAGAGUGGGAUCAACAUGGAGGGGAUGUUCAUGACGACAGGAAGCAUGGUGUCUGUCAUUCCCACUGAAGCCAGUCUUCCAGGGGUUCACUACUUCACGGCCACCCCGGACCCAGAAAGAUCUGUGUUCAAACCCUUCGUCUUCGUGAAGAACAUUGAGGGGCAGAUGGAGAAGACGUCCUCCCCCAGCUACGGUGCCGACGACCCCGUGAAGAAGACGCCACGCUUCCAGAGCAAACCCGACCGCAAACACAAGCUGUUUGUCAAGCACCAAGUGGUGGCUGCCAUCAUUGAAACUCAUGCGGACAAAGGCGCGAAACUCGUGGAAGGGAUGAGGCAGCUGGAGAAAGAGAAGAUGUCAGAGAUGGAUGUGGUUCUUUGCUACGGCCUGGUGGACCCUGAUCUUUUGGUGGAUCUGUUCCCAAGAUCUGUGCAGGCAGAGCUGAGUUUGUACGGCGAGAAGAGCUGAGCCGAACCUCUCGGGCUCAUGGAUGAUAUUUUAAAUAAGAGCAAUAAAACUGAGGCUUAAAAGUGCUGGGGACAAAUGCUCUGAAGGUGUAAGCAAAUGCUGUGUAAAAAUAGUCGAUAUCUGCUGUCCAACUGAGCACAUUGCAGUUGGAAUAUAUUUAACACGAAUUGUAUAGAAGAAAUACACAGAAGAUUCUGGGUGUAAAAUGAGUAAAUGUAUAAUAUUUCUGUUACGCUUCUAUUUUGAAAGGCAGGCUGUUUCCACACCAUCACUUCCUGUAAAUGUCACAACAUCAGAAACAUUUUUACGGUGAUCACAGAUACACAUCACAGGGUUAAAACAUUAGGACACUUUUAAUAAGAAAACAAAUAAAUAAGCAGCAUUUACAAGGAGUCAGUGCUUGCAUUGUUUCGGAACACAAAUAUUCCCCUGAAGGCGUCACAUCACAUUCAAGUCAAGGCAGCAGGACAGUUGGCUUUCAAGCUGGGAUACUUCCUGAGUCAGCAGAAACUAGUUGGCACCUGGAACACACCUGUGCCACUCAUUUGCAUGUUAGGGUAAAAGCAGACGCUUCAUUAGCCCUUAGAAACGACACGUCCAAGCGUUUCCACUGAACAUUCCGGUGUCGUCACUGACUUGAAAUGCAUUUCCCUUCUCUCUGGUAACUGGCACUUUAAGUCAGCAUACAUUCAGCACUUCUGCACAGUGGUUCUGGCCUCGACCUCAGAAAUAAAAGUGAAA